GGUGGCAGUCUCCACGUGUUGAGGAUGACGACGGGGCUGAGGAAGACGACAAGGACGAGGCGAUGAGGUUCUCGAGGUCUACACCCCGGUCGUCAUUAGGGUGUCAGGCGGUGGGGCCAGAUGCGGAGGGCGAGGGUUUGUACGAUGACUUCAGUGAGCCGGAGACCGAUUUUGAUGUGGAUUUGGGUGAUCCUCCUACAACAAGGGCUCCACACCGCGAGCCUCUUGCGGCAGGAGCGUCACAAGGGGACCUUGGCAUUGAUACAUCCUCCAUGCGCGAUCUCAUGACCAAAAUUGAGGUUGUUGUGCCUUGUUUUUCAACAAGUGCGGACAUUACAUCGCAUCAUUUCCAAAGACAUCCGACAGUGCAUCAGGCAAGACCGCUAUCGCAAAGAGAGGAGGCACAGGAGGAGCGCGAGGCUCGAGAGGCACGGGAGGACAGGAGGACAGAUGGUGUACGUGUGGGCAUGACAAGCGUACAGGCUGUUGCAGAGGUCCGCAAAAUGCAGGUUGUAGGGGCAGCUUGUGCAGUAGGGUUGCAUGGCGGUGAGGGGGGAUGGAGGUUGAUUCUCACGUGUUCUUUUCGCAACACGAGACUUUGGGCAUCGAACAAAUCGUCAAUUAUCGAUGUGACCAGCAGAAGGACUAGUGAAGGUGGAUCCCUAGUCCCGAAGUACCCAGAGUCGUCGAGGUCGAAGAGUGCUGGCAGGGGACAGGAAGAGUGUCAGCAGGGACAGUCUCAGCAGGGAGCGUUGCUAUGUCAUUUUAGUAUUGAUGACGAGGUGGUGGCAAGGGACGGAUCGACUGCAGCUGAAGUUGGUGGUGGCAAAGAUGAAGGAGCGGGUCCGGCGAGUCCCCGUAAUAGUAUGGUUGACAAACAGCCCGGCAGUCGAGGAGGGAAGACGACAUUGAGCCCACGGUUGGUGACGGCCUCCGCAUUUGCUGCUAGGGAUGUGCCUGUGCGUGGAGGUCCUCCGAUAAAGGUGGCGGGCCGCACUUUAGGAGGGCAUGUGCGACAUGUUCUGGCUACUACUACUGCAGACCCAAGGCUGUCGACGGAGGAGGAGGGGAUAAACCCCAGCCUCCCCAUGCCGCCUUCAGCGAGGUGGCAGGUGAACAUGGAUACCGCAAACGUACAGAGGUUCCCGACAGUGUACGUGCUGUGCACGACGACGGCGAUGUGCCACGACAGCGACUCGGGGGAGAGGACAUGUCGAAACACUGGGGAGAGGAGGGAGUAGCAGGGGAGGGAGGGGGCGCCCGAGAAGGGUCACUAGACUAGGCAGGCCUUGAGGCAAAUGAUGACAUUUUUGUUUAUGAUUUGUACUAUACUUCGCUAUUAGCAGGACCAGA